AUGGAACUCGUCGCUCAGCGGGCCGUUCAGGCUCGAUGGGCUAAUGUCGAGGACUUACCUUCAACGCCUUUGCAAAAGGUGAUCAUGGCGAUUCUGUUCUUGUUCACCUUGACUGCAUUCUUGACGUACGCCUUGAGAAUGUACAGCAAAUGGACAUCAAAACAAAUUGGACUUGAUGACUGGUUCAUGACCGGAGCUAUGUUCUUUUCAAUGGCUUUACUUGGUCCGACAUACAUGUUCUUCAAGUACUACUACGCUGGCUUUCCUACCUCGGCGUUGCCCAAAGACUGGGACCCCGCCCCCAUGCUUUUCUGGAACUGGAUCAUGCAAGUUCUCUACAAUCCCAUCCUCGCGCUGGUAAAAUCAUCGAUUCUGGUCUUCUUGCUGCGCCUGGGUGGGCACAAGCGUGGUGUGCGAUGGGCCAUCUACGGCCUCAAUACCAUCAAUCUGGCAACGAUGGUGGCCAUUUUCCUGGUCGUAUUGUUCCAGACCCUGCCCAUCAAUGCCUUUUGGGAUUCGACCAUUCCCAAGCACAGAGAAAUAGACGGGCCGCUGUUCUACAUCAUCAGCGCCAUUAUCACCAUCGUUACCGAUUUCUUCGUUCUCGCCAUCCCGUUUUGGAUCUUUCUCGGGUUGAAGAUGCGCAUGGCCGCCAAGAUUGGAUUAAUAGUGGUAUUUCUGGCAGGCGGAGUGUCCAUCAUUGUGGCGAUCCUGCGUGUCCACGAACUCCGCAAGAAGUUCUACAACAUAUCCCCGGGCUACGACCCCCGAGACGGCAUAGGCGACACGUACAGCGCAAUCGAAGUCAACCUCUCCAUCAUCGCCGCCUGCGUCCCAGCUUUACGACCCCUUUUCCGCAAAUGGAUGCCGGGGAUUUUUUCGAACAAGAGCAGUGCCGACAACGCGGGGUACAACAGCAGCCAAUAUGCUCACCACGGUACCGGCACCGGGAACGGCGCGGGAACCGGUCGACUGAACAGGAGCACUGUCAGCAACGGAUUCCCGUUGAAGGACAUGCGGAGCACCCACACCGAAAUCAGAGGUCACUCGCCAGACGGGAGCGAAGAGGAGAUUAUGACCUACAACGGCAUCAUCAAAACGACAAAUGUAAGAAACAAGACAAAGAACGAUUCUGUGAUUUGA